AUGGCGGAUCUGGGUGGUCAACGUAACCGGAACUACCGGCCUCACGGACCGGCCUCGUCGACACAACGGGAUGCUGCGUUUUCCGAUAUUUUUGGAGGCGCACCACCCGCAGGACGCUCUCAAACCAUGAACUCGCAGACCCCUCAAUUCUCCCAGGGUCGUGCCCAUACUAUGUCGUCGCAUGUUGCGCACCCUCAAUUCUCGAGACCGCCGCCGACGCCCACGCGGCAAGGACCCAAUGGGUAUGGACCGCCAUCAGCACCGCCGAAUGGAUAUCCCCCCGCCGCCGCCAUCUGGACACCCCCUCGACCGCACCCGGGGGCCCAACAACGAUUCGCCGCUUAUCCCCGACCCCAGCGCCUGGAGACGCGGCCAAGCCCUUCACCCCAAUACCCAGAUCCCAGAGACUUCAGUCGCCCAAUGCCCCCACCUGCACUGAAUUCUGAUGCAUCCCGAUCAAGGUCGAUGGCGAAAUUGAGCGGGCCGCCUCUGCAAACCCCACCAAGCAACUUCAACCACACCUCUGCCAUUGCUUCUCGUCGUGAGCAAUAUCAUGCCGGUGCCCCAAUCACUCAGUUGGGUCGUCCGGUGCCGGAGAAAAAUACCAACGAGCGGGCCAUGUCCAUGACUUCCUGGUCGUCGGAUCGAGAUGCGCACAUCAUGAACAGUGGAAGGUCGAUUCCAUAUCGUAGACCACCCUCGGGUCAUGAUCAGCAAAACACGAUGCGCGACGCGGUGCAGACUACCCCAAGGAGCGAUUCCAUGACGCAUCCUAGUCCUCUGAUGACGCAGCCCAGUCCUCUGAUGACACAGCCUAGCCCAGAGGCGUUUGCAGCCUCUCGCCAACCGAGUGAUGGAUCAGCUAGGUCUCGAACCAUGUCCAUGGCGUCAACAAUUGCACCCGAUAGGACAAUGAGUGUCCAAAGCCAAGCUACCCAAAGCUCAUCUGGCCAGACAACACUUGUUGCUAGAGAUUCACAGCGCAAAGUUCCGGUGGUCUACCCUGCGCUACUCUCUCUCGUGGCUGAAAUUUUCAGGGAAAAGAUCUCACUUGGUGAACGUCAGAAGAACGGUCUCUCGUACCAAAACGCAUUUUCGGGUACUGACUCUGUGGAUUUGAUCGGCUCCAUCAUCAGAACUAACGAUCGCAACCUGGCUCUUCUUCUUGGCCGUGCGCUGGAUGCCCAGAAGUUCUUCCAUGAUGUCACUUACGAUCAUCGUCUGCGCGAUGCCCCAGGCGAGGUUUAUCAGUUUAAGGAAACUAUGGGAGAGGAAAAGUCCACAGCUGAUGUUAAUGGUGUUUUCACGCUCUUGACUGAAUGUUAUUCCCCGACUUGCAACCGAGAUCAACUCUGCUAUUCAAUCGCUUGCCCCCGAAGACUUGAGCAACAGGCAAGAUUGAAUAUCAAGCCUCAGCCGGUACUAGGAGCUGGAGACGUUACCACCGCGCCACCCGACGACGACGAUGAUACCGAUAACCAGAAGCUGUGGAUCAGCACUGUUCCGAAGGAAGUUUCGGAUUCUGUCGAUGAUCGCGAGAAGAAGCGCCAGGAGAUCAUCUUCGAAUUGAUGUACACCGAACGAGACUUCGUCAAGGAUUUGGAAUACUUGCGAGAUUUCUGGAUGAGACCACUGCGCGCUGCGGGCACCACAACUCACUCGCCAAUUCCAGAGCACCGACGGGAGAAGUUCAUUCGGACUGUGUUCGGUAACUGCUUAGAGGUUCUCAAAGUUAAUAGCGCUCUGUGCGAAGCUCUGAACGCCCGUCAAAAAGAAAACGCAGUUGUGCAAACUAUUGGUGAUAUUGUCUGCCAACAUGUUCCCAACUUCGAUCCAUUCAUUAAGUAUGGUGCCAACCAACUCUACGGCAAGUACGAAUUUGAAAAGGAAAAGGCUUCAAAUCCGGCAUUUGCCAAAUUUGUCGAGGACACGGAGCGUCUCAAAGAAUCCCGAAAACUGGAGCUGAAUGGUUACUUGACGAAGCCUACCACUCGUCUUGCAAGAUACCCGCUUCUCCUCGAGGGUGUACUGAAAACGACAGCCGACAGCAACACAGACAAGGAGGACAUUCCAAAGGCCAUCAAAUUAAUCAAGGACUUCCUCUCGCGCGUCAACGCUGAAAGUGGUAAAGCAGAGAACCACUUCAAUCUCGUUCAGUUGAAUGCUGCGCUCAAGUUCAACACUGCGGACUAUGUCGAUCUGAAACUUACGGAAGAAAACCGACAAAUGCUCAUGAAGAUGGCUUUCAAGAAGACAACGGCCGACAGCUCAGAUGUCACGGCAUAUCUAUUUGAUCACGCCGUGCUCCUCGUCCGAGUCAAGGUGGUCAACAAACGUGAGGAGGUCCGGGUCUAUAGGAAGCCUAUUCCUUUGGAGCUGCUGGUUAUUGCUCAGAUGGAAGAGGUCAUUCCACGACUUGGUAUCGCGAAAAGGCCAUCUUCUAGUCUCCUCUCGAACAAGGCAGUCAUCAACAACCCCCCUCCCGCCAAAGAUGGUGGUUUGCCAAUCACUUUCAGACAUCUUGGUAAAGGUGGAUAUGAGCAAACUCUAUAUGCCACGAACUCCGCAACACGACGAAAGUUUAUUGAAGCUGUUGAGCAACAGCAGGAGAAGCUGUGGGAGCGCAACAGUAACUUCUACAACAAGACCAUUCUCAGUGAGGGCUUCUUUGCAGCGGUCAACCGUAUCAACUGCCUUGUCCCAAUAGAUGGCGGUCGGAAGUUGGUCUACGGUACCGAUAAUGGUAUCUUCGUGUCUGAGCGUUGGCCCAAGGACAAGUCAGCCAAGCCGAAAAAGGUUCUCGAGGCUACCCAGGUCACACAAAUCGAUACCUUGGAAGAAUACCAGCUGUUGUUGGUUCUUGCAAACAAGACCCUUUCCUCCUAUCCUAUGGACGCUCUUGAUAUCUCCGAGGGCCAAAAUACUAUGGCAAAGCGUCCAAAGAAAAUUCAAGGUCAUGCCAAUUUCUUCAAGGCAGGAAUUGGUCUUGGGCGUCAUCUGGUCUGCUCGGUCAAAACAUCAGCCCUCUCAAGCACAAUCAAGGUCUACGAGCCAAUGGACAAUCUGGCCAAGGGAAAGAAGAAGUCGGCUGUCAGCAAAAUGUUCCAAAGUGGCCAGGAUACCCUCAAGCCAUUCAAGGAAUACUACAUACCUGCAGAGUCUUCUUCGAUCCAUUUCUUGCGCUCUACUCUUUGUGUUGGUUGUGCGCGUGGCUUUGAGGUUGUCAGUCUCGAAACCACCGAGACGCAGUCUCUCCUCGACCAAGCAGACACGUCUCUUGACUUUGUCGCACGCAAAGAGAACGUCAAGCCCAUUCAUAUCGAGCGCAUGAAUGGUGAAUUCCUGCUCAAUUAUAGUGACUUCUCGUUCUUUGUCAACCGCAAUGGAUGGCGAGCCCGUCCAGAUUGGAAGAUUGCCUGGGAGGGUAACCCGAACGCAUUCGCGCUCUCCUAUCCCUACAUCCUAGCAUUUGAGCCGAACUUCGUUGAAAUUCGCCAUGUUGAGACCAGUGAAUUGACGCACUUGAUGACCGGGAAGAACAUUCGCAUGUUACACAGCUCCACUCGCGAGAUCAUCUAUGCCUAUGAAGAUGAUCACGGCUACGAUACCGUCGCCAGCUUGGACUUCUGGACCAACAAACCCCAACAACACGUAUAA